AUGAUGAUAGGCGGUAAUGUUUCAACACCGCCGGGUGUGAGCCUUCCCAAUUGCGCCACUGGGGCAUUCCCUGGUAACAGCAGUACAAUCAGUGGAGCAACACGUCAACGACUUCUUGAAUUGUCGCACGGACUGGGUGCUCUUAGACAUUACAACGAUCUGGCAAACCAUGUGUUGUCGUUGAAUCAACAGGGAGCUGUUGUUACAAAACUUCUUGGAACUCUUCGACCCCCUGGCUUAAUUGGCGGUAGUAAGCCCAAAGUUGCUACUCCGGCAGUUGUUGCUAAAAUUGAACAGUACAAACGAGAAAAUCCGACAAUAUUUGCCUGGGAAAUAAGAGAGCGAUUGAUUUCUGAAGGAGUAUGCAGCAACGCAACAGCCCCGUCAGUAAGUAGCAUAAACAGAAUCUUGAGAAACCGGGCGGCAGAAAGAGCAGCAGCUGAAUUUGCACGAGCCACUGGAUACGGAUUGUACGCCGCUGGACCUCAUCCGUAUUUCAAUUCCGCUCACCAUCAUCCCACAAAUCCUCAUCACCUUCCGGCGACUUGGCCAGCACCUGGAGCUCCAGGACAUCCAUGGAUGAUACCACCAUUAGCUACUGGAAUAACUGGAGCUGCUUCAUCGCUUCUUCUUCCAACGUCUCUAAAUAAUGACGAUGACGGAAGCUUGGACGGUUCAGAGCAACCAAAAUUCCGGCGGAACCGAACAACCUUCAGCCCGGAGCAGCUCGAGGAACUGGAGAAGGAAUUUGAGAGAUCGCAUUAUCCAUGCGUGUCAACCCGAGAGAGAUUGGCCUCGAAGACAUCUUUAUCAGAAGCACGAGUUCAGGUUUGGUUUUCUAACAGACGGGCAAAAUGGCGACGUCAUCAGCGAAUGAACCUCCUGAAACGUUCACCACCGCCGCCAACCCAGCCUCCGUCGGUAUCGCAAACACCAACAUCAGGAUCUCCAGGUUCGCACGCGGUCUCUGGACCCGGAUUGGAUUCCUCCCACACAACAACUUCAAUCGCUGGGAUGGGUGGCAGGAACAGUGCAUUUCACGCUGUUGUGACAACAUCCUCGCCUAUAAUCGGAGAUCGUGGCGACAUUAUCAAUCCUCAUUCCGUCCGGAAGCCCAGCGCCUUCAGGAUGAUCAGUCAGCUCGUCGGCGAAGAUUUGCCUUCGCGUAACUCUAACUCCAAAAUAGAAUCAAGGUCUAGGCACCACGAAACUGGUUCCGAGUCGGUUGACCUCAAGUCCUCGAACGAAGAUGAAGAUGAAGAGAUCGAUGUGCAGGACUCUGAUCAAGAAUUCACAUCGUCCUCACCAAUUGUUUGGAAAGAUCAGUGGAUCGACCAGCAGCCUCUCGAACUUACGAAGCAUGAUUACAUUAGUGUAUUUUGGUUUAAUAUUAGGAUUAAUAUUGAAAUAAAUGUUUAG